AUGGCAGAGGGACAGAACCACACGAGCGCCUUGCGCUUCUUCAAACUGUCACUACCAGAGACUGAUGGAGAGUCGAGUCUGCUCUUGCAGAUGCCGUCCGAAGUAAUGCAGAUCAUCCUGGGGGAGCUUCUGAUUGCGGACAAUGUUCUUGGCGUGCGAGACGAAUAUCCUGCGCAGUUCACAGUGCCGAGAGGUAAAAAGCGUGAUGCUAGAGGUCGAUUUACGACAAAGACACAACUGAAGAAUGUUCGUGGCUACCAUCUGACACCAGCAAUUCUCGCUACGUCUCAACGCAUGCUCCGAGAAGGCCUCGACAUUCUCUAUUCGAAGAACAGACUCGGACUCCAGAUUCAGACCGAUACUCCGCCAAGAGGUGCGGGUAAUUGUAGGAACAGCAAGUGCCUCAAUUGCUAUGUCCUAAGCGCCACCAUUCCCGCUCGAGCCGAUGAACGACUUGUCCUUCAAGGCAACAACGGCUGGGAAACAAACCCCAACGAGGAUGAGUUUGUCUACCGUUUCAAACAUUUCGACCUGAGUCUCCUCGAACAUCCUCAAUACUUCCGAGCUUACAAGCUAAGACCUCUCAUCAGUCAGCUAGCACCUAGCUUGGUCGACAAAUGUGUCCAGAUCAGUGGUGAUUUCAGUGCCUAUGCGUAUACCUCAUUUCUUCGGUGGCAGAGACCUAUUAAUCAGUUUCAGCUCCUUCGGUGCCGUGACUUCAAGUUCCAGGUAUCACACGCUACCGUGAAGGCCGUCGAAGAGGUUGUUACCAGUCAACGGCCUGUCAUCGAUCUCGACCGUCCGUUGCAAACCAUGCGGCUUAUCGUUCAAGCAAUCAAGGUUUACUAUUUCAACAGAGGUCAACCAGUCGGUGAAAUCCUGAACCUUUACUCCAACCUAGACAAUGCUAUGUACGACUUUGAUGUCCAAAGAUUCAGCCUAUCGAGAAGGGAGCUGUUUAUUCAGUACCAAAAAGAAAUCGUUAGUGUUCUUGAAUCCAUUAAGGACGACGAUGAGAUUGUGGAACACGCUCUGAAGCAGGAGUUUUUGAACGAGAUGAGCAAGUCCACGAAAUGA